GUGCAAAAUUAAAAAAAAUUAAUCUUACUAAUAUUGAAUGGGAGGCUAGACAAAGUCUUGUUAUAAUUCUUAAACCAUUUUCAGAGGCAACUGAGUUUUUAGGAGGUAGCAAAUAUGCAACAAUAAGUUUUAUGUAUAGUGCGAUUAAUGCAAUUACUAAUAAUCUUAUACUUACUGAUAAUUUUGAACUGCAUCAAGUAAAUUAUGAUGAUAAUAGGAAUGUUUUUGAUGAUACUAUUAUAGAUAAUAUUGAAUUAUCAAUUUUUUAA